AUGGUCUUUGCCAACAUCCAAUACCUCAUCCCCACCUGCUUUGCCCUCAUAUGCGCACUCUACCCGCUACCAUGGCAUCUUCGAACGGGCAAUACUGCCACACUCACAAUGAUCUUCUGGAUGGCCCUGCUAAACAUUGUCCAUAUAGUCAACUGUGUGGUAUGGGCAGACAACUCUGAUCAAAAGGCCAGGUGGUGGGGCGACAUUACCGCGCUCGUCACCGUCGCCUACAAUUUUGCCCUGCCGACCGCGCACCUUCUCCUCGCCAGACAACUAGAAUCCUACACCUCCCUCCGGCCACACUCACCACUUUACGACGAGUCCUCCCGACGGCGCCACCGCUUAUUCGACCUUGUCGCCAGUAUCGCUGCGCCUGUCGUUGGCGUCCUGGUGCAUUUGAGUAAUAUGGAUAGACGAUUUUAUGUGGUGGAGAGGUUUGGGCCUCAGCCGGCGACGUAUUGGAAUGCUUGGGGCGUGAUUUGGAUGGCGAUUGUGCCGAUCUUGAUCUCUUCCACACGUACCAACACUGACCCCUCAUCAGUCAUGGCCCUCGUCAACAUUCACCUCCGUCGCCAGCAAAUGCUCUCUCUCAUCGCCUCUGAAGCUUCCAUCAACCGCGACCAAUUCUACCGGCUCAUGUUUCUCACGCUCGCCGAGCUCUUUACGUGCGGUCUCCGAGCCAUCUUCAACCUCAUGUCAUUCCACAAUGGCCCCCAGCCUAUGGGCCAUCGAGGACCGCCAGAGCAUAAUCUGAGGAUAGUGGAGAGUAUUGCGUGGGAUCAGGUCAAGCCAAGCGGGAGGUUGGUGUUGAAUUUGUCGUUCUUUACGGUGGUUGCUUGCAGCUAUGUCUUUUUCCUCUGUUUUGCCACCAGCAUCGAGACGAAACGAUUCUACAACGGUGUGCUUCAUGCCAUCUUGCCGUGUCUUUCCGAAGCCCGCCAAGGACGUCUUCUGAAACUGGGCUCUGUCGAUACCGGCUUCUCGCAAUCCGCGGGCACGGGCACAUUUACAUCGACCUCUUCCGCUCCUCUUGAGACAUCCAAAGAUGUCGAUAUAUCCCUAGAAGAGAUGCUCGGAUCGCCACGAGCGGGACCGGACGGGAGAAAGGGCUCGGCGGGUUCGGUGGGGGCGUUCAUGUACAAGGCACCGAGUGUGAAGACGGGAGGGAGUACAUACGAUGAGGAGGCUAUUGAUGCGUUGUAUCUGCCCCCGAUGUUGACAGAAAAGAAGAUAUGA